CAGGUAGAAUAUGGCAAUAAAACCAACAGUUGCAUUGAGAGCUAUACUUGUUGGAGGGGUUGCAGCAUUCGCUAAAAUAGCCGGCGCAAUGAAGGCAGCAGGUGGUGUAAAAAUGGGCGCAGCUGCGGCUGCAAUGACAGCAGCAGCAACCGCAGCUGUGGCAGGAUCAAAACAAGAACAAAAAGAUGCUCCUCAACAGUCUCCAAAAUAAUGUAUCUUUAUCUGUUUCCGGAUUUCUUUAUGUAGAUUAGUUGAAUCUUCCCCGAGUUUUAUGGGAACAAAGAGAGCCAUUUGCGGAUUGUGAUAUAAACAGAUGGUGAAUAUAAUAACCACUUCAAAUGUUCUGUUAGAUAUGGAAUCAUGGAGUCUUAAAUGAAGCUGUACACUCAGCUGAGUAGUGUGUUUUAGAUGUUGUAAAUUUUAUUUUGCAAAAUGACGACUUUGCAGUGAAUUUAUUUUAUUUUAUUUUUUUCAAUUUUCCUGUGCCAGUUUAUGUUUGUAUUUUUAUAUAAAGUUUAUUUUAAUACUUAAUAACACGAUUUCAUUUUU